AUGUCGGCACCGUCAAAAGUCAACAAAGAAAACUUUCGCCUGUUGGAUUUGUCUAGCGAAGAAGAGUCAGAGGAUUUGCAAUUGGAAAUAAUUCCUAGCAGAAAGAAAAAGAUAACAAGACGUGAACGUAUUCGAGGACCUACAGUGCCAGCUCAAGAACCUAACAUUGGAGCUGAGGUGCAAUGUGCUCUCCGCUGGGCUGUCAGGGGCACACUUUUAUUAUGGCUUCUAAUGCUAACAUGGAUAUGUGCUGCUCUUUAUGACCAAGUGUCUAUUAUGCGCACAGAUAUGAAUCAAGGGUUUCUUAUGCAUGCUGAAGGUAAUUCCUCCGGAGUUAACAAAAGUAUACGGGGUUCCAGCUCCUUCAGUGUGAAUUUUAAAAAGUACUUGGCUGAAACGUACGUUCAGAAGAUGACUCAUGUGAAGGUCGGUCAAAAACCGCACACCGGAAAAUAUCGUAAAAUACGCGUUUGA